AUGGCUGACAAUACCAAUAAGCCAACCAAACCCACGAACAAAACCCCUCCAAAGUCUCCAGCAGUUCCCGCCAGAGAGAAACUGGCCAAAAGGUUAUCCUGUGGGUCAAACAGCUCCCUUGAGGGGGCCGCUGCUCAUGAGCUCAGUGCGCUUGAGGAGGCUUUCAAGAAAUUCGCCAUCCACGGAGACACAAGAGCCACAGGGAAAGAGAUGCACGGGAAGAACUGGUCCAAGCUGUGUAAGGACUGCCACGUGAUUGACAGCAAGAAUGUGACUCUCACGGAUGUGGACAUCGUCUUCAGCAAGAUCAAGGGCAAAUCCAGGACAAUUACUUAUGAUCAGUUUAAGGAAGCCCUUCAGGAACUCUCCAAGAAACGGUUUAAAGAUAAGAGCAACGAGGAAGCCGUGCAAGAAAUGCACAAGCUCAUUGAAGGGAAAGGACCAGUCAUAGCUGGAGUUACGAAAGCGGUUUCAUCUCCAACUGUCUCGCGACUUACGGAUACAACACGCUUCACCGGUUCUCACAAAGAGCGGUUUGAUCCCACUGGGAAAGGCAAGGGCAAAGCAGGCCGCGAAGACCUGGUCGACACUUCUGGCUACGUCUCCGGGUACAAGCAUGCUGGCACGUACAGUCAGAAGGUUCAGGGAAGCAAGUAA